UCAUGGUAUUUUACUAAUUAUGCUAUAUAGUGAUCGAUUUUCGCUGGUCAACUUUAUCUAAGAGACUAAGACGCAAUUCCAAGUUCCCAUUCCCCUUUUCAAGAUAUCACUUGACUACACCUGCGUCUCUUACCAUCUACCUCUUGUCUUCCUCAUUUCUCGAGUAUGCACCUCAUUCGCUUCUUUAUAUGCAUUGCUUCUUGUCUCUCUGUUGCUCGUGCUUUCAGUGUGACUGUCGGGACCCCCACUCAAUGCGGCCCUCUUAGCAUUUCAUGGACUGGUGGUCAAGCACCCUUUGAAAUACUCUUAACUCCCAACAACGGAAUGUAUCAGAAUAUACCUGUACCAGCAUCGGCCUUCAGCAAUGGAAAAGGCUCUUAUUCAAUACCGCAAUUGUCGUUGUUGUCAGGAACAUCGUUUCUACUUAUCAUGUCUGACGCCACUGGAUUUGGUUCGGGUGGGACGACAAACGAAUUAAUUGUGCUGAACUCUGCUGCAAAUAACAUUUGCGGCGCUGGAAACCCUUCACCUCCUUACACAUUUAAUUUGUCUCCAAACCCGCUGACGCAAUGCAGUCAAUUUACCAUUACGGCCAGCGGUGGUGCAGUCCCACCCAUUACUAUUGGGCUUCUUAUUCCUGGCGGACAAUCAGUCGUGUUCAAUUCCGACAGCAAUACUUUUCAAUCGGUUUUGGAUGUUAUCGCAGGGACAAAUGUCAUGUAUUUUGUCAACGACUCCUUGGGCAACCUAAGGUGGGGUCUCUCCAUUCGAGCCCGUCUCAGGGUCGAGUGAUUCCUCGUGCCUAAGCGCCAACCCAUCGCCAUCUACUGCAGGCAUGUCGGCCACGGCCACGGCUUCACCAACAUCUAGCCCAAGCAGCUCAUCAAGUAAUCCAUCAAGUAAUCCAUCAAGUAAUCCAUCAAAUAGUUCAUCAAGUAGUUCAUCAGGCAGCCAUGUUGCUCUCAUUGCGGGUGCAGCAGGCGGUGGUGCGGCAGUCCUUGUUGCAUUGGUC